AUGAAGAGUGAUGAUUGGUUAGAGUUAGGUUCGAAAGGUUCCUCAGCUCUUCAUCCCUCCUUUUCUACUGGUGGAGACAUGCUGGAAUUUCUAGUUCAGACUGGUGAAAUUAGCAAACCUGACGGAUUGAUGGCCACCUGGUUUCACAGAGCCAAUAACAAGGAGGAAAUGAACAAAGCUUGAGCAAAUGAUGCCAUGAUCCUGGAGGCUGACGUCACUCUGGAGGGUUAUGGGACACCCAGUGAAAAGCCAAUCCCUAUAAUGGCCCACCCCCCUGACAUCUUUAGUGAUAACACCCUUAACCAAUGACUGGAUGCGGUGUUGGCAUCAAAAAAAGGUUGUGGACUCAGAUAUCACAGAGUGCUGUAGACCAGAACCAGUCAUUCAGUCUUCUAGAUUAGAAUAAAAAAUAAUUUCAAUAAUCUGCGUGGGUUUGUCAUUAGACCUGCUUCGCCUCCAGUUAAUGGAACCAGAUUUCUGCAGUUGAUUGAGGAGAAGUUUUCAGACGUGACUUUGUCUCCUGGAUGGAAGGUAGCCUAUGGUCCGCCACUUUUCACUGAAACCUACACAAGGUCCAUGGUGGAGGAUAUGAAUAAUUUGAUGAGAGAAGUCCCACAAAAGGUGACAUUCCCAGUCCAUGCCUUGUUGGUCCGCAGUGGCUGGCAGCACAUCAGCUGGCUCCUCAGCCAGUCACCACGGUUCAGUCUGACCUUGUGGCAGGGUUCAAUCCAUCCAAACAUCAGUGACCUGCUGUUCAUCCGCGACAACACCCACCCUGCCAGAGUCUACUAUGAUAUAUAUGAACCAACACUGUCUGCAUUUAAACAAGCCGCAAGGCAGCAGGGCAGUCUGAGGAGAUUCUACCCCGGGGGAAACCUGAUGGAUUUCCUCUGUCAAACUCACAACUCAAACACCAAAUUCCUGUCCACACAAUGCAGCAGCGUGGCUGUCCACUGGUUCACUGUCACUGACCAGACCUCCCUGAUGGCUCAGCUCUCAGAUGGGGCUGGGGGAAUGUUGGUUGUUCAGGUGAGUUCUGACAGCAGCCAACUGGGAGUGCCUCUGGUGGAGAGUUCUGGAAAGAGUUCAGAGCCCCUCACACUGCAGAAUGUCCUGCAGCUGCUUGGGCACAGCACAGAUGCACCCUGGGGUGUUCACCUAAAUAUCCCCACGCAGCAGCUUCUGGAGGCUUCUCUCACACUACUGCAUUCAGCUUACAGCAGAGACAUGCUCUACAGCCAUGAGUAUGUGUCCACAGUAGAGAGACUAUUCCCAUACAUCACCCUCGUCCUGAAACAGCAGAACUGGCCUCCUCAGAUCCCAUCAACAGUGGCAAACUUGUCUCAGAGCGUGGUGCUGUAUCUGAACACAGCAUCAGUGCCAAACGGAAAGGAGGAGCUUCACUCUCUCAUGGGAAUGAUGAACAGAUGUGACCUCAUAGUGGAGAAGGACACAAAUAACAAUGCUGAAGCUUUUGUGAUCUUGAAAGAACUUCUAAUCCAGCGUACGGGGAAAGCAAACACAAACCUGUAUGUGAUCUCUGACCAGUCUUAA